GAGCUCCAGGGGGCGGGCGGAGGAGGGCGUGAAGCGUGAAGCGUGGGGUGCGAGGCGGGGGCGGGGCGUCGUGUCCGCGGCUGGCGCGGUCGUGGCGGUAGCUGCAGGGCGGCGGUGGUGGUGGCGGCGGCUCCUCGACCCGGCGUCCUCAGGCCAGCCCUGGGGGAUGGGGGCGGCGAGCUCCAGCCGGCUGAGGGGGUGGUGGCCGUGAGUGUUAGGCGUCCGGGACGCGGGAUGGAGCCCCACGGAUUUCAGAUUUUCUGACUGUUAAAUGAGAGGAUGAUUGCUCACAAACAGAAAAAGGCAAAGAAAAAACGUGUUUGGGCAUCAGGCCAACUCUCUGCUGCUAUUACAACUUCUGAAAUGGGGCUCAAGUCCGUAAGUUCCAACUCCAUUUUUGAUCCGGAGUACAUCAAGGAGCUGGUGAAUGAUAUCAGGAAGUUCUCCCAUAUGUUACUAUAUUUGAAAGAAGCUAUUCUUUCAGACUGUUUUAAAGAAGUCAUUCACAUCCGUCUGGAUGAACUUCUUCGUGUUUUAAAAUCUAUAAUGAAUAAGCAUCAGAACCUCAAUUCUGUAGAUCUUCAGAAUGCUGCAGAAAUGCUUACCACAAAAGUGAAAGCUGUGAACUUUACAGAAGUUAAUGAAGAAAACAAAAACGAUCUAUUUCGAGAAGUCUUUUCCUCCAUUGAAACUCUUGCAUUUACCUUUGGAAACAUCCUCACAAACUUCCUUAUGGGAGAUGUAGGCAAUGAUGCUAUACUACGACUGCCUAUUUCUCGAGAAAGUAAGUCUUUUGAAAACAUUUCUGUGGACUCAGUGGACUUACCUCAAGAAAAAGGAAAUUUUUCUCCUAUAGAACUAGACAACUUGCUGUUAAAGAGCACCGACUCUGUAGAACUGGCUUUGUCAUACGCUAAGACAUGGUCAAAAUAUACCAAGAACAUAGUGUCCUGGGUUGAAAAAAAGCUCAACUUGGAAUUGGAGUCCACUAGAAAUAUUGUAAAAUUGGCAGAGGCAACUAGAUCUACCAUUGGAAUACAAGAGUUUAUGCCGCUGCAGUCUCUAUUUACCAAUGCUCUUCUUAAUGACAUACACAGCAGUCACCUUUUGCAACAAACAAUUGCAGCUCUCCAAGCCAACAAAUUUGUGCAGCCUCUACUUGGGAGGAAGAAUGAAAUGGAGAAACAAAGGAAAGAAAUAAAAGAACUUUGGAAGCAGCAGCAGAAUAAAUUGCUUGAAACAGAGACAGCUCUCAAAAAGGCAAAAUUGUUAUGCAUGCAGCGGCAAGAUGAGUACGAGAAGGCAAAAUCAUCCAUGUUUCGUGCAGAAGAAGAACAGCUAAGUUCAAGUGUUGGAUUGGCAAAAAAUCUCAACAAACAGCUAGAAAAAAGGCGGAGGUUGGAAGAAGAGGCUCUUCAAAAAGUAGAAGAAGCAAACGAACACUACAGAGUCUGUGUAACAAACGUUGAAGAGAGACGGAAUGAUCUGGAAAAUACAAAGAGAGAAAUUCUAACACAGCUUCGGACACUUGUUUUCCAGUGCGACCUUACACUUAAAGCUGUAACAGUUAACCUCUUUCAUAUGCAGCAGCUACAGGCUGCAUCCCUGGCCAACAGUUUACAGUCGCUCUGUGACAGUGCCAAGCUCUAUGAUCCGGGUCAGGAGUACAGCGAAUUCGUGAAGGCGACAAGCUCAAGUGAAUUAGAAGAAAAGGUUGAUGGGAGUGUAAACAAACAAAUCGCCAACAGCCCCCAGUCAGCUGGGUACGGGCCUGCCGACUCUCUAGAGGAUGUUGCUCGCCUUCCCGACGGCUGCCAUAAACUUGAAGAGGACAGGUGCUCCAACAGUGCAGACAUGACAGGUCCUUCUUUCAUAAGAUCGUGGAAGUUUGGGAUGUUUAGUGACUCUGAGAGUACUGGAGGAAGCAGUGAGUCUAGAUCUCUGGAUUCAGAGUCUAUAAGUCCAGGAGACUUCCAUCGGAAACUUCCACGAACCCCGUCCAGUGGAACCAUGUCUUCUGCUGAUGAUUUAGAUGAAAGAGAGCCGCCAUCGCCUUCAGAAGCUGGACCCAAUUCUCUCGGAGCAUUUAAAAAAACUUUGAUGUCAAAGGCAGCUCUCACGCACAAGUUUCGCAAGUUGCGAUCCCCCACAAAGUGCAGGGAUUGUGAAGGCAUCGUGAUGUUCCCGGGUGUCGAGUGUGAAGAGUGUCUCCUUGUUUGUCAUCGAAAGUGUUUGGAGAAUUUAGUCAUUAUUUGUGGACAUCAAAAACUACAGGGGAAAAUGCACAUAUUUGGAGCAGAAUUCAUACAAGUUGCAAAAAAGGAACCAGAUGGCAUCCCUUUCGUACUAAAAAUAUGUGCCUCAGAGAUUGAAAAUAGAGCCUUGUGUCUCCAGGGAAUUUAUCGUGUUUGUGGAAACAAAAUAAAAACUGAAAAACUAUGCCAAGCUUUGGAAAAUGGGAUGCACUUAGUAGACAUUUCAGAAUUCAGUUCACAUGACAUCUGUGAUGUCUUGAAAUUAUACCUGCGACAGCUUCCAGAACCAUUUAUCUUAUUCAGAUUGUACAAGGAAUUUAUAGAUCUUGCAAAAGAGAUACAGCAUGUAAAUGAAGAACAAGAAGCAAAAAAAGAUAGCCCGGAAGACAAAAAACACCCCCACGUGAGCAUAGAGGUCAACCGUAUCCUUCUGAAGAGCAGAGACCUGCUGAGACAGCUGCCAGCAUCAAACUUCAACAGUCUUCAUUACCUCAUCGUGCAUCUGAAACGGGUGGUAGAUCAUGCAGAAGAGAACAAGAUGAAUUCUAAGAACUUGGGGGUGAUAUUUGGACCAACUCUCAUUAGACCAAGGCCUACAACAGCUCCUGUCACCAUCUCAUCCCUUGCUGAAUAUUCCAAUCAGGCACGAUUAGUCGAGUUCCUUAUUACUUACUCACAGAAGAUCUUCGAUGGGUCCCUCCAGCCUCAAGCUGUUAUAUCUAACGCGGGUGCUGUUGCACCUCAGGUUGAUCAAGGGCAUCUUCCAAAACCUCUGUUAUCACCAGAUGAAAGAGACUCAGAUCAUCCUGUGAAAUCACUAUUUUUUUCUUCAAAGGAAGAUAUCCGUACUACAGAUUGUGAGAACAAAACUUUUGAAUUAACUACAUCAUUUGAAGAAUCAGAACGCAAACAAAAUGCAUUGGGAAAAUGUGCUGCUCCUCUUCUCGACAACAAAGUACAUUUGCUUUUUGACCAAGAGCUUGAGUCGGCAUCCCAAAAGAUGGAAGAUGUUUGUAAAAGCCCCAAGCUGCGUCUUCUGAAAUCAGAUAGGGCAGCAAAUAGUGUGCAGAGACAUACGCCAAGGACCAAGAUGAGGCCUGUGAGCUUGCCUGUAGACCGGCUGCUGCUUCUUGCCAGUUCUCCUACCGAGAGAAGCAGCAGGAAUAUAGGAAAUGUAGACUCAGACAGGUUUGGCAAGAACCCUGCCUGUGAAGGACUCCACAGAAAGGACAACUCAAAUACCACUUGUUCCAAAGUUAAUGGCUUUGACCAGCAAAAUGUACAGAAAUCCUGGGACAAACAAUAUGUACAGAACAGUUUUACUGCCAAGACUACAAUGAUUGUUCCCAGUGCCUACCCUGAGAAGGGAUUGACAGUAAACACUGGGAAUAACAGGGACCAUUCCAGUGGUGCCGCCCAGCCCAGUAAAGCACAUGCAGAACCAGCCAGGUCUGCAAGAGAGGUGUCGGAGCGCAGGUCCUCUGACUCCUGCCCUGUCGCUGCCGUCAGAGCACCCAGAACACUGCAGCCCCAGCACUGGACGACAUUUUACAAACCACCUACUUCCACCUUCAAUGUCAGGGGGGCUGAGGAGAAAACAGCAUCGCCCUCAGCAGCUGCGCCUCCUGUCCUGGUGCAUGCUCCCCAGAUCCAUGGAGCAAAAUCAGACCCAGACUCGGAGGCUACACUGGCUUGUCCUGUGCAGACAAGUGGUCAGCUGAAAGAGAGCUGUGAGGAGCCUGGCGUGCCUGAGGGGACUCCAACCUGCCAGAGACCACGACUAAAAAGAAUGCAGCAGUUUGAAGACCUUGAAGAUGAAAUCCCACAAUUUGUGUAGGAUUGUCAAAAUUUAGAUUUUUCUGUUUUAUUUUGUUCUGUGGUGUCAUUUUGUGAGAGGAAUGUUUGGACAGGGCCCUUUUGUAUAGGAUUGCCAAAGCUGUUUGUCAUUGUGUUGUUUGUUGAUCAUGUGGGAUGGGAGAAUGUUCUGACAAGGCUCCAUUUAUGCCUCACUGGAAUGAUCUUUGAAGUUGUAGAGAAAAUGGGUGGGUUCAUGUUUUUUAGAGUUGAUUUUCCCGAAAAAAUGCAUCACUGAUACAUGAUACGGUUUUUAGCAGUUGGUGCAGUUGGGAAAAUCAGCUUUAGUGUGGAGAGUGAGACCAAGUCCAUAUUUAUAAAGUAUUUCUGAACACAAGUGCCUGGUAGGUGUUCGUGUACUGUGAUUCCUCACAGUUUCAUAGGGCACCUUUGACCAUUUGUGCUCCUGUAAUUGUAAGUCAGCUUUUAUUUUUCAAUUGGAAAUUCACCUUUUAAUAUUUACAUAAUGGCCAAAGGGUUUGCCAACCUGUAUUUAAUUAUAUUUUAAUUGCCAAUUUUUACAUGUGGCAGUUAAAUUGUACCCCCAAAAAUGCACUUAAACCUGAACUGUGUAGUUCCAUUACCUCUUAUUUGACUUUAGAUGGAUUUAAUGCAUUUGGUAGGGAUUGUGGGGAUUUGUUUUGUUUUAUCCCUUAGUCUUGUCUGUAUAAACUCUUGUUUCCAGCAGUUCUGAACAUGUAUGUUAUACAGUGGUCCAGGAAAGAUGCUAUUUUCAGAAGUUUUUAAAUUCAGUACAUUUCCUCUUUUUACUACCUGGGUUUGUUUAAACUGUUCCUUUUAUAAGAAAUGUUUUGACUUAUGGAUCAUUUUAUAUUCAUUUAUACCUGACUUUCAACCAUUGAAAAUGUAUAGUUUUUUGAAAUGGGGUGAAGACUUAUUUAAGUUGAUCCCAAGGGUACAUGUCAGUAAGCCUCGUGUUUAGAAAUCUGAGAGAAGGUAAAGAUGACCUGAUCUGUUUUGUUUAAAAAAACAAACCACCAACCUAGUUUUCAGAACUUGUGCAUUCCUGUUACUCUCUGCAUCAUUGUUUGUCUAAAAUAGGAUGUAAAAGGGACAACUACAGUAGCCUUUUGUAUGUGUGAAUUAUAUUAUGCUUUUGUAUGACCUUGUUAUAUUUGAUAAAUAUAUGUACAUAUUCACUUCUUAAAUUA